GAUAAAAGAGAGGCUCAGACUGGAAGAUCGAUCGAGGGAUUAUAUCGGGAACGGAAGCAGCCAGCGAGCGUAGCAGAGAGGGGAUCGGAGAUCGGAGAGAUGUCGACGGAUCGAGAGAAGGAGCGGGAGGCGGAGCUCGAGAGCGCCAUGUACACCAAUUGCCUCCUCCUCGGCCUCGAUCCCUCCGUCCUUGGUGUCGGUCAGGCCGGCGGCGGCCCCUUCGCGGGGCAUUUCCGCCACUCCAAUCCCAAGUUGGGCGAGCAGCUCCUCUACUUCCUCCUCUGCGCCCUCCGAGGCUCUGCCAAGGAAUUUGAUAGGGUAUGGCCUAUCUUCGAUUCCGCCCAAUCUCGAGAUUUCCGGAAGAUUGUGCAAGGGAUAAUCAGUGAGCUAGAGUCGCAAGGCGUGCUGCCUCGGAGUAAUUCUAGGGUUUCUUCUCUCGCAACUUGCUGCGGGCCAAGAUUCGUGGAGCUUCUUUGGCAACUUUCUGUGCAUGCUCUGCGAGAAGUUCAUCAGCGGACAUUUGCUGAUGAUAUAUCUUCUAAUUCUCUGCCUCCAGUAUUGACAGAAGCUUCUUAUCAAAAUGCUGCUGCAUUGCUUCAAGUGACUAAGGCUAGAAUAGCUCUUGAGAGAAGGAAAUUUAUGGAAAAAGCAAAUGCUGCUGUUCAUAGACAAUCUGCUUGGUCAAAUUUAGCCCAUGAAAUGACAGCAGAAUUUCGUAGCCUUUGUGCAGAAGAGGCCUAUUUGCAACAAGAGUUGGAAAAACUGCAGGACAUGCUAAACAAAGCUAAAGUGGAAGGGGAGUCCUUUGAUGAUCACAUUUCCAGCUCUCUUGGUCAGAAUUCACACUUGAUUGCCAAAGCUACUCGUCUAUGGGAAUCAUUAUUAGCUCGAAGGAGCCAACAUGAAAUUUUAGCUUCUGGCCCAAUCGAGGAUUUGAUUGCCCUUCGUGAACAUAGAUAUCGAAUCUCCGGCUCAGCUUUGCUUGCAGCUACGGAUCAAAGUUCACAUAUUCCAUCUUCAGAUGCCAUGUCCGUUUCUUCUGAUGAGGUUUCUUCACAUGGAGGUAUUAGGGAACAUAUGGAUUCACUUCAUUGCCAAGGUAAAAUUAACACUCUCUCGAAGAUGGUCGAUAAAGGUGUAGCUCCACCAACAGUUGAUGUUGCUGAAGUUUUUAGACGGUGGACUCAUGCUUUACAACGUAUUCAUAAACAUUCUCUUCAUCUGGUCAAGGCUAAUGAUGGAGAGGGCCCAGAGCUACUUCAGACUUCAUCUAAUAGUAGUACCAGUGGUCAUGGCAUGUCAAUGGCAGCAACUCUUGCUGAACAUCACCAACAUCUAGUUAGCAUACAAGGACUAGUUAGUCAACUAAAAGAGGCAAUUCCAUCGAUGCAGAAAUCCAUUGCAGAGCUUACUGAAGAAGUAAAUAUUUCUUCAACUACAAUGGACGGGUUUAGUGCAAGGUCAACUUUAAGCACGCAGUCCCAAGUGCCUCAAGGCGUUGCUAAUGACGAAAUUGAUGACUUGAAUUCUAGACUCUCUUCCAUUCAGUCUGAGAAAGUUUCCACCAGUUCUGUUUUGAAACUCCCUCAUUUGAUCAGUGUGGCCCCAAAUUCGUCGGCAAAAAGCAUGCACACAGCAAAGCAGUCAAGUGCUCCUGAAUCCGUCCAGGAAUAUUUCCCCACGGUCACAUCAGUGACACCACAGAUUGCACAUGAUCAUGCAGAUGAGAAUGGCAAUAAUGAUGUUCGGAGUAUUAGACGUUCUGUUCGUGAAUCAGCACUGUCAGGACUGGCAAACAACUCAAAAUUGCGAAAAGAUAGAAGCAACGAUCAUGGUUCUCAACACUACUUCUUGCCUAUGUCUACAGGAGCUUCUCUAGUAGAAGUAGAUGCCUCUCCUAUUGAAAACAAACGAGGAGUCUUUCCACCACCAGAAAUUCAUGUUCCCAGCAGUUACAGACAUCCACUAAAAACUGACAGCCAACUAGAUUCUCAUGCCACUUUAUCCGACAAUUCACUUGGAAUCCAUGGUCACACAUCUCUGCAAAGCUUAACCCAGUCACCCAUUGUUAACUUGAAAAACCCUCUUCUCGACAUCAAUGAUUCUCUGGAUCAAGUUUACUCGCCUCCAUUUCUUAUGGAUUCAUCAUUCUUCCAGGAUGCAUACGAGGACUUGCUCGCCCCAUUAUCUGAAACUGAAGUUGCCCUAAUAGACUACUAGAGAUCGCAUCAUCUCAGCCAUCCGACAAAUAGUCCUUCAGUUACCGAAUACCCUCGGUCUCAAGGAGCAGCAGAAUUCAGAUGCUACCUGCCGAAUGCAACCGGGAAACCUGUACAUUGAAGUAGAGGCUUGCAUUCAAGCAUGACUGACUGGGCAAGGCGUACACGGUACAUCGAUCUACCGAUGCUAAAACACCCAAGGUUUUUGUCUGCCAUAGUUACAGCAGCUUCUUGUAUUGUAAUAUUCAAUUGUUCAAUGCCUUAAGCAUUACUGGCAUCUUGAGGAACAUUGUUCAUAUCAGACCUUGUCAAAAUUUUUUCUUCUCUUUUCACCAAAAUAGCAAGAAUAUCUUUAGUGACAAUGGCUAUAAGCUCUACUUUUAUUCUCAAA